AUGGCUGACCCUCCUGCGCGGUCGGGCCCGCCGCCCGCCCAUGGGCCUCUUUCGCCCAGUGCUGCGCCCGUCUCCGCCAACGCGUCGUCCACAAAGGCCGUCGCGCCGCCGCCGCGGCCUGCGCGCACGUACUACUUGGCGUACGGCAGCGACAUGCAGGUUGCGUACAUGGCGCGCACGUGCCCCGGCAGCCGGUACAUUGGGCGGGCCGUGCUGACGGACUACAAGUGGCACAUCAACGGGCUGGGGCUGGCCAACCUGACGAGCGUCAAGACGGCGCACGCGCCGGGGCUCGUGUUUGAGCUCGAGGCGGCGGACCGGGCGGCGCUGGAGACGAACCAGUUCCCGCUGUACAAGAGCGUGACGGUGGACGCCGAGCUGAUCCCGGCGCCGUUCUGCCUGUACCGCCGGCAGGCGACGUGGAUCACCAAGAACGGCGGGCCGCAGGCGGUGCUGGAAGAGGCGCAGGCGAACGGGCGGGGCAGCAACGACCGCCGGGCGUCGUACACGGAGCGCGACAUCCUGGUGUUUAUCAGCACGGAGGUGACGACGGACGGGCGGCCCGACGCGCGGUACGCGGAGGCGAUCAACGCGGCGGCGGCGGACGCCAUGGCGCUCGGGGUGGAGCCCAUGUUUUUUGACAGGAUUGUGCAGCAGUUCAUGCCGGGGCGCAUACUGCCGAUUUUGCGGGUGGUCCGGCGGGGGAAGGGGUCCAGUGACGGCGGUGGAGGUGCCGAUGAGACCGACACCACGAAGCUGAAGCCGGCAGCUGCAGCAGCAGCAACAGCAGCAGCAACACCAGCGAGCACAGCGACACCCACGACCAAGCGCCUGCCGUCGCGCGAGCGGCUGCCCGAGCGGCUGCCCGAGCGUGACGUCCUCACGCCGUCGCCGACCGAGGACGACAAGGACCGGCGGGGCAGCACGAGCGCCAACACGUCGACCGACAGCCUGGGCCGGCCUGAAAAAGAACGACGGUGGCUGAGCGCCGACAGAGAGACGCGGCCGGCCAAGGACGCCGACACGCGGGACAAGGAGAACGACAGGGACAGAGACAAAGAAAAGGACAAAGAAAAGGACAAAGAAAAAGAAAAGGAAAAAGUCUCCGUCUUCAGCGAUGCCCUGCGCUCCAUCUUCCAGAGACCGCGCUGGGACCGCAAGAAGGAGAGCGGCGAGAGCGUGGAGAGCGUGCCGAGCGCCGGCGGCGCGACCGCACGCGAGGCGGCCGGCGGACGGCGGAGUCCCCUGCUGGCGGGCAGCGAGAGCGACGAGCCCGGCGCCCACAACAGCAGCGCCAACAACAGCAGCACCAGCGUCGGCACGGGCGCCCCGGCCCGGCCCGUCCGCCCGGUCCGGCCGCAGAAGGAGAGCAGCAGCAGCAGCAGCACAACGGCACUGGACACGCGCACCAAGAGCAACCACCGGCAGAGCCAGAGCGAGUCGAGCCUGGUCGCCCCGUCCCGGUCGCGCCCGCCGGCGCCCAAAAUCACCAUCUCGCGGCCGUCGCGCCACAACACGCUGGAGCGGACCAAGUACGACACGGACGGCGGCAGGGAGGACGAGGACGACGAGGACGACGAGGGCGACGAGGAUGAGGACGAGGACGACGACAACAACAACGACGACGGAAGCAGCGACAGCGAGAUUGAGGCCACCCGGCCUGCCGUCCUGGCUCGCUUUCCGUUGUCGCCACUGGCGCGUCCACGACAACCGCCGCCAGAACGUGCCAGCCCGCGUGCGCCCGACACGAAGACGGCCAAGGAUCCGUCGGAGCGGAAGCCGGUGGGCGGCAGCGGCGGCGGCAGCAGGGCGAGCGCUGCGAGCACGACAAAACCCCCCGGCAAGAAACGACCGAGCACAGACGAGGUGCUGCGGAUGCGGGCGGCGGCGGCACGGGCGCGCAUGGCAGAGAUGAUGAGCGAGUUGGAUGGGGAGGAGGAGGAGGGUGACGAGAGUGGCGGGAGGGGGAAGGGAAAGGAGGAGGCCACAGCAAAGGAAGACACGAUCGAGGCGACAAAGACGACGGAGACGACGGAGACGACGGAGACGACGGAGACGACGGAGGCGACAGAGUCGACAAAAUCAGCAGAGACGACACCAGCACAACCACUGACACCACCACCGCCGCCACCCGUGAGAGAAGCACCAAAGGGACCCCGAGCACCGUCGACAACUCCACGAUCACCGAGAGAGGCGGAGAAAGAGCCGGCGGAAGCAGGCGGCGCGGACAAGACGCAGGAGACGGACAGGGCAGAGGAAGAAGCAACGACUCUGGGCACGACAAGAGAGAAGCCAGCCGAGGUGCCGAAGAAGACGGUCAAUUACACAGCAGACACCAAGCCAGCAAGUCCGCCGACAAAGGCAGUGGCUCCGAGGCCAGCUCCUAAGCCCGCGCCCAAACCUGCGCCCAAACCUGCGCCCAAACCUGCGCCCAAACCUGCGCCCAAACCUGCGCAACAAACAACGCCGACACCGACGCCCGCUGCUGCCCCCGCCGCUGUCCCGGUUGCUGUCCCGGUUGCUGUCCCGGUUGCUGGCCGUCUUGCUUUUGUCCCCCGUCCUCGUCACGCCCUUCGUCCUCUGCGUCCGCGUGGUGCAUCGCUUGCCGUCUCCACCGAACCACGGCAACACCACCACCUCCGCCGCCCCAAGUCCUUCUGCUUCGGCGUCCAGUCGCUGUCGCGCUUCGACCAGUUCCUGCUGCAGGCCGCCGACCACCCGCACUUUGCCACCCGGCCGUGGCUGCCGGCGUUCCAGGCCCAUGGCCACGGGGGGCGGUAUGGCCGUGGUCGGGGCGGUGGCUUCCAUGGCCACCUCCACGGCCAUUUUCAGAGCUCCCUGCACUCACCCAUCCACAGCUCACGGUACCUGUAUGCACAGACGACCAUUGUGGCGACGGUGUCGCGGGAGAGACGGAUGUCGUUUUGA